GCAUAACCCUCGGUCGGCUCCUUCUCCAGAUUAGUUCAGCACAAUUCAGUUUUGGAUCAACAUGGAUCGUCUCCAUAAUUCAUCAUCCAAGCCUCCUUCUGAAUCUGCCAGGCAGAAGCGCCCAAUUGUAUAUGACACAACAGAUGCCAUAAAUUAUAUGAGGGAAGUUAGGGACACCUACUUAGAUCAAAGAGAGAAAUAUGAUGAGUUUAUUGUCCUUAUGAGGGCGUAUAAAGAUAAAAGGGUUGAUGAUCUGGGUGUCAUUGCUGGGCUAAAAAAACUGUUUGUAGGAAAUCGUAACUUACUUCUUGGAUUCAACAAAUUUUUACCCCAGGGGUAUGAAAUAACCGUUGAUGAUGAAGAAGAGGGUAACCCCAAUGAGAAAAUUAGGGAAUCCGAGCUGGCUCUAGGUUUCGUCGAGAAGAUAAAGAAACGUUUUGAAAGUAACAACCAUGUCUGCAAUUCUUUCCUACACCAUUUGGAUGCAUACAAACAUGGACGCAUGAGCUUUGAUGAGGUCUACCGUGAGGUUGCUUCACUUUUCAAGGACCACCCAGAUCUGUUGUCCGAGUUCACAAAUAUAUUCUGAGAAUUGAUUUCUCAUCUCUUAUGUAUUACUAAAUGACUAGAUGGGAUUAAACUUGUUUGAUAUGGAUGGAUAUUAUACCCUUAUGUCCUGUUUGUUAUGAAUUUGUGAG